AUGGCUAGAAAACAUGAGCAUUUUGGAUUAAGCUAUUUGGAAGAAUUGAGUAUACUUAAGGAGCGUGAAAACAUAUGUAAAGAAUCUCGGCAGAAAUUUCUGAAGUUUAAACAAGAAAUAGACACUGAUCAUACAGAUCUGAAUACACCUUUAUUGAAAAUCACACCACCAGACGAGCCACCUCAGCUACAAUCUAGUUCUUUCCUGAGCUCAAGAAGUCUACCCCUGCUUUUUGAAAGCACACCUUCUGAUAUAUUUGACACAGGAAAUGAAACAGAAGAUGUCACAACUCAGGAGAAGAAAUAUCUUAAGAAAGAGGUCAGUGUAGACAAAAAAGAGAGCAAUGGCUUUGGAAAAGAAAUCUUAGAAUAUAAAAAUGAUAGCCUAGAGGAAGAAAGUGAAAAACGGCCAGUAGUAAUAGCUUCUCUGGUAGGUACCAGCAAACAACUCAUCAUGUUAAAGAAACCAGAACCCCCACCAAAACACAAAUAUAGAAAGAUUGUUCGUACAAAAUCGCAUUUUAAAUCUUCCAUCCAUCUGCAAACAGACAAUAUUGAUAUUGAACAACCACAGCAAAAAAUACUCUCUGAACACGCAGUUCCUGCCAGUCUCUCUAUGGAAAUUGAUGAGUCAUAUUCCAUGGUUUCCAGUUUAAGUGAAAAGCCUUCUAAAAUAUAUAAAGAAAUUUCAAAAACAAGUUUAUUAAGUUCGCAAUUUGACUUAGACAGAUCAUGUAGUAAAAAAAGCAUUGGCUCAUCUAGUGUGAAGUCUGCUUCAGAAUCUGUGAAAGAAGCUCUGGCUGGAAGUAGAUCAAACACUUCAAAAGACCAUGUGAGGCAUUCUUCACGGAGUAAGUCACAAGUGCAUGCUUCCAUUGAAAAGUUUUCUUCUGGAAUGGUUUCACGGUCUAUUGAUGAAAUAAUUGCAUCCUUGAAGUCUACUGCUCCAACUGCUUCAGACCUGAGGAUCAAAGAACUCCUGGAGAGUAUUCUUGGCCAGGACUACAGCAUAAAAAUAGAACCAUCACCUGUUAGAAAAGAACCUCGAACUAUAGAAUUUAAAUCUGCAGGUGAAUCUUCAAGUGAACAAGUGACAUCAGCAGAUGCUGAACAAACAAAACUGGAGUCUCUGUCUUCAGACAAGGAUCUGUUAAUAAAAGGAAAAGCAUUCCCAAAGGUUAAACCAGUUGAAAUAGAAAAAGGUUUAGAAGAUCUUUCUGAACAGCAGCCUGUGUCUCUACUUUCCACAUGGACUACAAAGAUCAAAGAUGUGGAUUACCCACUUAUUCACCUUCUGUGUAUGGCUUCUCCCCGAUGUGUAUUGCCUGUUAAUCUGCAGCUUGUUUCUAGAGUACACCAUACUUUAGACAAAAAAGGUCACAAUGUUUUAUUACCAUCAAUUAAUAUUUCCCAUCACAAACCAGAAGAGCUCUUCCCAGCCACUGCAGCUUUUGAGGAACAGAUGGAAAGAGAAAGAAUUUGUAAUGAAGGACUUCCUAUUUCAGAAGUAUACCAAUGCAGUCAGGAAGAUGGAAUUAAGGUUUUGCCUCCACAGUCACCAAGAAGUAUGCCGGAAUGGCAAAGAGUAGCUGAGUUCUAUGUUGAAAAACCUCAGCUGAAAUUGUUAGGCGAGAAAGUUAAAUUUCACCCAGCAUCUCUAAAAAUGUUUUGGACACCAGCUCCACAGAAAUUCUCUGCUCCUCUCUCUCUUAUGAAGAAAACAUUAUUUUCAAAGUAUGAGAGCAAUAUGAUUAAUGGGGUUAUUUAUGAAGAUUUUUCCUGUGAUCUUCGAGAGGAAGAAGAAUCAGAGUCUGAGGAUGACUUCGACAACUUGCUUUCUCAGCAAGAGGACCCUCAGCGCCAUGAAGUGCGACAUUCGCCAGAGUCAAUGUUUUCAGCAGCAUCAAGCAGGGAUUAUAAUUAUCCUUCAUCAUGCCAUCGCCACCGAUCAAGAUCCUCCCUUGAAUGGGACAGGCUAUCGGAUUUUUGCCGCUGUUAUUGGUCUCCACGUUAUGAUUAUGAACCGCAGCACCGAUACCAUGACUGCAGAGACUGGGACUCUUAUGAUCGCCAUUGCUGUGAUGACAUAGAGUACCACUGUUGGCAGACACAUGAAGGGGUGACAAGAGAGACGGAUGUCUUUCUGUCCCAGCCGAGGGAUGAUCGUGCGGAGCUACCUCGUCAAGCUCAAACAAUACAACCUGAUCCACUACUGGAGUCACUCUUGCGGAUUACCAGCCGUCAAUCCUCUAUUGGACAUCAGGCGCAGAGCCUAUGGUGUGAAUGCACAGAUGACCACUCGAAGAACUUCAGUUACAGGUCUAUAUCUCUUGGAAAGCUUCAUGCUCAUAAUAAAUUCUCUAUCAAAGUAUCUCAUGUGGUUCAAUGUUAUCGAAGUCCCAGCCUCCCUUGUAUGAUGGAUUUUGAAAAAUUUGCAGAAAAGCAAGGUAGAAAGCCAGACAACUUUGAUAAUUAUGUUUGGGCCAGAACAAUCUGGAUUAAAUGGUUCGAUGAGAUAUACUCUCCCACUGCUGAAGAUAAAGUCAAAUCAGUGUCAAGCAAAAAGGACAUGGAAGAGAAAACAACUGAAAAAGAAUUAGUAGACACGGUGAAUCCACUUCUUUGGGAAGGCAAAACAGAUGAACUUGAACAGUAUCAGUCUGAAAUUGAUAAAAUAACUCAACUGAUAAAUGAAGGAUGUUCUGCAUUUCACUACUGUAGACGUGGAGCAAUAUACAGAAAAAUAGGCAAAUUGAAAUCAGCUAUGGAUGACUUGGAAAAAGCAAUAAGUUUAGAACCAAUGCUGGUUAAUGCAUACUGGCACAGACAUUUACUUUUCCUUUACCAAAACAAAAUUUCCCCAGCACUAGAAGACCUGAAUUUCAUAAUUAAGUGCAACAAAAACAAUGCAGAUGCAUAUCUGUCAAGAGCUGAUAUAUACAAAAAACAGGAAGAUAAUUCAUUAGCAAUUAUAAAUUACACUCUUGCAAUGAGAUGCAGACCUACUGAUGAUGAAAUAUAUUACAAGAGAGGGGAGGCCUAUGAAGAAAAUGGUGACUUACUAUUGGCAAUGGAAGACUAUUCCAAAUGCCUUUACUAUAACCCCAAAAGAACAGAUGCACUUAUGAAGCGUGGACGAUAUUACUUUAACAGAUCUUAUUGGGUUCCAGCUAUUAAUGAUUUUACAACUGUGAUUAAAGAAGAUCCAAACAAUUCUGAGGCAAGAACCUACCGGGGAAGAGCUUAUAUUAAACAAGAACAGUAUAACAAUGCAGUUGAAGAUUUAGCUGCUGCAAUUCACUUGAACCCUUGCAAUUGGAUUGCAUACUACUACAGAGGUUGUACUUUGCGAAAGGUUGAUCCAAAACAAGCCCUACAAGACUUGAGCAUUUCUGUUCUUCUCAAUCACAGCUUUGACAAUCUUAGUGCUUUCCUUCACCGUGGAGUCUUGUAUUCAGAACUGAAACAGUGGCUACUGGCAAUAUGUGAUUUUGAAAGCGCGCUAGCAUUGGACAGGACCCUUGUCACAGCUCACGUAAACAUUGGACUGAUUUUGAUGUUACAUCUGGAUAAUUAUUUUGAAUCUAUUCGACAGUUCACUCAGGCCAUUCAAGUUGAUCCCUUAGAUACUAGACCUUACUUGUGCAGAGCUCAGGCAUAUCACAAGAUUCAUGAUUUAAAGCGUGCAGUUAGAGAUCUAAACAGAGCCAUUCAUCUCCAGCCCAACUCACCACAGUUAUGUUUAACAAGGGGACAGUAUUUACUGGAGAUGAGGAAUUACGAUCUUGCUAGUUUCUGCAUACACCAAGUGGCAGAGAUGGACGAAGGAUCUCUUGAAUGCUCUCUUGUUCAAGAAGCACUUGUUCACUCUUUUUGUCAGAAUCAUAAGAAGGCUAUUGAAUGUGCAUUUGAAGUUACCAAAAAGCAACCUGAACCUGCCAUGUUUGUUCUGCUUGGAAAAAUCCAAAUGAAAGCCAAAAAACACAAGGAUGCUGUGGCCAGUUUCAAGCAGGCCUUAAAGUUGCUGACUGGUUCUGCAAAAGCUCCACCUAACACAUUUGAGGCUGCAGAGAUAUAUUUAUUUAUGGGUCAGUGCUACAUGGAACAAGUCGCUUUAUUAGAGGCCUGUGAUGCUUUUACUUCUGCUGUCAAGCUAUAUCCACGUUAUGCAGAUGCAUAUUAUCAGCGAGGACUGUGCAGAAUGCAGCUCCAGCAAGCUAAAUGCAUAUUAGAUUUUAAUAAAACACUUGCUGUUUUACCAACACAUUUUCAGGCGUACUUAAGUCGUGCUGCUUACUUUGGGAGCAAAGGAAGAUACUCAAAGGCAAUAAUGAAUUGUACUGAAGCCAUCAAAAUUGAGCCUAAUAGUGUGAGAGCCUAUCUCUACAGAGGAACAAUGAAAUUUUAUAAUAGGACUUACAAACAUGCUGUUGAAGAUUUAACUAGAGCUAUAGACCUGGACAAUGCAUGCACUUUGGCAUAUUACAAUAGGGCAAUUGCCUUCCACCAAUUGAAGGACUGGAAAAAUGCAUUGAAAGAUUAUGGGAUUGUUCUUCUUCUUGAGGCAAGCGAUGACACUGUCUUGAAAGUCUUGAUCAACCGUGCAUUACUCUAUACAGAAUUGGACCUACAUGAUAAUGCACUAGAGGACUUUUCAGACGUGGGACGGAGUAAACCAAAAGACACUCGACUAUGUAAAGUUAUUGGACUCUGCUACCAUAGACUUCAGAAGUAUGAAGAGGCCGUGCAUUCAUUUUCUAAGCUUCUUAAACUAGAUCCCUUUUCUCUGGAUGGCUAUAUUGGACGAGGGAAUUCAUACAUGGAAUUUGGUCAUGAACAAGGCAAUAUACAAGCCCGGAAAGAUUUCUUGAAAGCAGUACAUCUGAAUCCAACAUGCAUAAAGGCCAGACUUUGCUUAGGGUACAAUUUGCAGGCUCUUGGAAAGUUUCAGAAAGCUUGGGCCCAGUUCACAGCAGCCAUUCUUAUUGAUCCAAAAUGUCACUUAGCUUAUGAUGGGAGAGCUAUAGUCUGUCUUCAGAUGGGUGAUUAUUUUGCUGCCUUUCAAGAUACAAAUGCUGCACUAAAGAUAACUGCCAGUGCAGAAUUGCUUACAAAUCGAGGUGUCAUUAACCAGUUUAUGGGAUUUUUAAACUGUGCCAUGAAGGACUAUCAGCAGGCCAUCACUGUUGACCCCAGCUAUGCUUUGGCAUAUUUCAAUGCAGCAAAUAUCUACUUCCUUAACAGGCAGUUCUCACAGGCAAAUAAGCAUUAUUCCAAGGCACUGACGCUUGAUCCAAAAAAUGAAUCUGCAUUCCUGAAUCGAGCUAUCACAAAUACACUAUUGAAAAACUUUGAAGAGGCAAAAGAAGAUUUUGAGAAGGCAAUUAGCCUCUCUCCUUUCUCUGCAGCAAUAUAUUAUAACAAGGCAAAUCUGUACAGCACAUUACAACAAUAUGAGCAAGCUGAGGAGGACAUUUCAAAAGCACUGUCAAUUCAGCCUUAUGAUGCCCUGAUGUUUAAGCUUAGAGCUGAUAUUCGUGGCAAAAUGGGUUUAAUUAAAGAAGCUAUCACUGAUUACAAGAAAGCCAUCAGCAUCCAAGAGCUUAUUAGCACUGGGUAAAAAGCUACCUUUCAAUAUAUAGUAACAAGAUGGCUUACAUUAUA